AAGAGAAACACGAUAUAGAACUAUGACAUAUUUAAGCAAGUAACAUAUUGUGAGACAUUUUUACUUUAUAAAUAGAAAAAGAUUUUUUUUCUAGGAGCCACCUCCAAAAUGGAAGUUUACAUAGCACUAGUCAGACCAUAGAUAUUUGUGAGUGGCAGUUUUAAAAAAACUCCAAGAUGAAGGUGGGAUUGUUAUCCAUCCUGGUCAUCCUGGCAGUACUAGUUGUUGUAGCAGAAUCCUAUGGUAGAAGACAUAUAAGAAGAAUUAGCUUUAGACACGUACGAAGAUAUCAUGCAAGAAGAAUAGUGUUUCGAAGAAGGCAUUAUAAAAGAAGAGUAUUCAAAUUGUUCAGAAGAAAGUACUAUAAAAGAAGAACCUUAAAAUUGUUUAAAAGAAAGUAUUAUAAAAGAAGAAUCUUUAAAUUGUUUAAAAGAAAACACUAUGUGCGGAAGAUAUACAAACACAGAUACAUUCAUAAGCAUCAUAUUCACAGAUAUCUACACAAGCUUCUUCACAAAUAUCGACACAAGUAUGUUCGCAAAUAUCGACACAAGUAUGUUCGCAAAUACGUUCAUGUGCACAAACCUGUUCAUGUUCAUGUGCACAGGCCUGUUCACGUUCAUGUGCACAGACCUGUUCAUGUUCAUGUGCACAGACCUGUUCAUGUUCACAAACCUGUUCACGCACAUGUUAAUAAAGGUGUGGAAGGUCGUGGACAUGGGCCUAUUGAAAGUUUUGAAAAUGGAUACGAUCUCUACAGUUCAGGAACUAGUCAUGGCUUUCGAGGAAACAUUCACCACUAUACUCCAAACUUUGUGAACCGAAACAAGAAUGUCCAUCACAACCUACAAGGCCAUGGUGAUAUCGCUUACAGGCAUGUGUAUGGCGGCGGACCCAGAAGAUAUAAUAGUCUAGGAGGUGGUUAUCAAGGACGAUAUCACGGUCCAGUCGUCAAUGAUCCAGAACGUUUUCACAGUCCAUUGGUGUCUGAUACUGGAAGUUUCCACAGGCCACUAGUCACGCAUUCAGGACACUAUAAUGCAGCGGUCGAGGUUACACAUGGAGGUCGCGAAUAUUAAACCAAUAAAGUAUUUAUUGCUUUUGAUGAAAGGUGUC